AUGGGGCCACCCGUGUUGGCCCACAGCCUGGCGACCUCCCGGCAGGCCGACAUUGAGCAGCUGGACCCCCGAGGACGCACCCCGCUGCACCUGGCCACCACGUUGGGCCACCUCGAGUGCGCCAGGGUGCUGCUGAAGCAUGGCGCCGACGUGGGCAAGGAGAACCGCAGUGGCUGGACAGUCCUGCAGGAGGCUGUGAGCACCCGCGACCUGGAGCUGGUGCAGCUGGUCCUGCGCUACCGUGACUACCAGAGAGCCAUCAAGCGCCUUGCUGGGAUCCCCAUCCUGCUGGAGAAGCUGCGCAAGGCCCAGGACUUCUACGUGGAGAUGAAGUGGGAGUUCACCAGCUGGGUGCCACUGGUGUCCAAGAUUUGCCCCAGCGACACCUACAAGGUGUGGAAGAGUGGCCAGAACCUGCGGGUGGACACCACACUUCUGGGCUUCGACCAUAUGACCUGGCAACGGGGCAACCGCAGCUUCGUCUUUCGGGGACAAGACACUAGUGCAGUGGUGAUGGAGAUCGACCACGACCGGCGGGUGGUCUACUCGGAGACGCUGGCCCUGGCCAGCCAUGACCAGGAGGUGCUGCUGGCUGCUGUGCAGCCCACCGAGGAGCAGGUGAUGGGGCGGCUGACGGCCCCCGUUGUCACCACCCAGCUCGACACCAAGAACAUCGCCUUCGAGAGGAACAAGUCCGGGAUUCUGGGCUGGAGGAGCGAGAAGACAGAAAUGGUGAAUGGGUACGAGGCCAAGGUCUACGGCGCGUCCAACGUGGAGCUGAUCACGCGGACACGGACGGAGCAUCUCUCAGACCAGCACAAGGGCAAGAGCAAAGGCAGUAAGACCCCCCUGCAGUCCUUCCUGGGCAUCGCCGAGCAGCACGUGGGGCCCAACAACGGGACGCUGAUCACGCAGACGCUGAGCCACACCAACCCCACCGCCAUCACCCCCGAGGAGUACUUCAACCCCAACUUCGAGCUGGGCAACCGGGACAUGGGGCGGCCCAUGGAGCUCACCACCAAGACACAGAAGUUCAAGGCGAAGCUGUGGCUGUGUGAGGACCACCCGCUGUCCCUGUGUGAGCAGGUUGCCCCCAUCAUCGACCUCAUGGCAAUAAGCAACGCUCUCUUUGCCAAACUGCGGGAUUUCAUCACCCUGCGCCUCCCGCCCGGCUUCCCCGUCAAGAUCGAAAUCCCCAUCUUCCACAUCCUCAACGCCCGCAUCACCUUCGGGAACCUCAACGGGUGCGACGAGCCCGUCAGCUCCCUGCGGAACAGCCCCAGCAGCGAGGCACCGUCCCCCAGCAGCGACUCCUCCAGCGUCAGCAGCUCCAGCUCCCUGACCUCGUGCCGGGCGUGCGAGAUGGACCCGGCGCUGUUUGAGGUGCCGCGGGGGUACAGCGUGGUGGGCACCCACCAGGACGCCCUGCGGGAGGACGAGGAUGACCUGCUGCAGUUUGCCAUCCAGCAGAGCCUGCUGGAAGCGGGCAGUGAGUACGACCAGGUGGGCACUGCCACCUCCUUUCCCACCCACUAG